CACUGUCUACAUUGUCACUGGAGGGCAGGUUGAAAAGGCAGGCAUGGCACCCUUGGCGUGACACAUUGUUAACCGACACUAGCUACUUACUACUCUGCAUCCUCUCCUCUCUCCCAUUCUCCAUCUGCAUCUCCCGGCAAUGGCGUCCGCCUCCAACACUCUCCCUCUCCUUCUCUUGGUCGGCGUCCUCGCCGUCGCCCUGGCGGUGGCCGUAGACGCGCAUCAUCCGGCUCCGGGCGGCGAUGAUGAUGAUCGUCAGCUGAUGGCGGCGGGCGGCGGCGGGAGGACGCUGCUGGGCAUAGACUGCCCGAAGGCGUGCGAGGCACGCUGCGGGAGGAACUGGAAGAACGAGAUGUGCAACAAGAUGUGCAACAUCUGCUGCGGCAAGUGCAGCUGCGUCCCCUCCGGCACCGGCCAGGACACCCGCAACGAGUGCCCCUGCUACGCCAACAUGAAGAACACCAAGAACGGCAAACCCAAGUGCCCCUAAAGCUAAGCUAAACUAGCCAAGGCAAGCACCCCCCAUGCAAGGAGGGCUAAAAAUUAUGAUCCCAUCCAUCAAUAAUCUCCGCCGCUCGACGCUGGUGUUCAUCUUAGCCUGCCAUUUUCCUUUUGUUGUGGAUCAUAUAGAAUCGUGUAUGCUAAAUUGCUAAUGUGCUAAUAAUGUUAAUAUAAGCUGUUUAGGUCCUAAUGAAGGGAGGAGGAGAUCAAGAGAGGUAGACCUAAGCUCCAUCUUCCGUUCGCCUCUUGUGUACUCAUCCAUUAUGUAUCUAUAUUGCAAAAUAUGUAGUGUUGGAAGCAGUCUGGUUGGAAGAGUACGUUUGGUCUUGAGGUUCA